UUUAUCUUGUCAAUUUUUCAUUCAUCAAAAAAGCAUUAAAUUUUUCCAAAUUAUGAAUUUAUAAGAGUAAGAUAGAUAAAGAAGAAUCUCAAGAAACGGUGUUAUUUAUAAUGUAAUAUAAAAUUCGACAAAAUGACGUCCGUGAAAGACUUUGGGAAGGCUUGGUGGACAGAAGUUUACAAUCGGAUUAUUGGUGCUGUUGUAUUCCUUGAUGACUAUAGCGCUGAAUGUCUUCACUGGUAUGGAGGGCUGUUUGAUCUUUUGAAUGGAGGAGCAGUAGGAGUCAAAACAUUAUCGCCGUUUGAAUUCUGCAAGAAAGAGCAUAGAAAAGCUGUGUUCAUAACACAAGCAACUAGCACGCAGCUACAAACCAUUAAGGAGAUCAUUCGCAACAGUGACUUCACCCACUGCAUAUUGAUAUCAUGUGCGAGUCUCGAUGUGGUCUACUUGGAGUUAAAUGAGGGUAAAGAUGUAACUGAUGCUAUAGCCUCGGGCAGGGCUCCCUCUGAGGCAACUAAGCAAUUGGAAGAAAUGCUUUUGGACUGGAUUGGUAAACAGCCCAGUGCAGUUGAAGCAGUGUACAUUCCAAUAUUUUCAAUUUCACCUACAAAUGUCAUAUUUCUGACACCACCAUAUCAUAGCAUGUGUCCCAAAUAUGGAGGGAAACUAUUGCCAGAUUCAUCAUCAAUAGAUCUGUAUUCUUUACAAAAUGAAGAGAGGUCCAUGCUUAGAAGAUUGGCAGGUGGAUUGAAUAGCAUGUUUGAUUCAUUGAAUUAUAAAGAGGAUAUAUUCUACAUUGGGCAGUAUAGUUCGUUGCUAGCUGGAGUGUUGGAAAACUCACCUGUUUGUGUUGCUAGAAAAAAGAACUGUUCUACACCCAUAUCAUUGGUGAUAGUGGAUCGCACGCUAGACUUAUGUGGUGUGACAAGUCACUCAGUGGAGUCUGCCCUGGACAAGAUGAUGGGUGUGCUUCCUAAGUUCCCCGGCCAGUCUAAUGAAAUUGCCGUUGACAUGUCAACGCUCUGUGAAGCCAAUGUCCUUUCUCACCCAGAAGAUAUACAAUUAAGUCCAGGGUGCUUGUUCCAUGCCAACGAUGAAUCCUGCUUGCAAACGUAUGACUACAUGAUCAAUAAAUCUCAAAAGGAAGUUAUGUUUGAUCUCUACAAUAAACUGUCUAAGAUUGAUGUGCAGAAGUCGCCAGGACCAAAGACAUUGUUGAAAGUCACUCCGCAAAGUGUUGAGAAAAUUAUUACAGCGUCUAAAGGAAACUAUGAAAUAAUAACCAAUCACCUGGGUAUAUUGCAACAAGCUCUUGGCUUGGUACAAAUGCUGAAAUCUCCAAAAAGAGUUCAGUUUGACUUGCUGAUGAGUUUGGAAAGGCAGGUCAUAGAAAAUCUUGCUGCUAGCAGGGACUCAACUAGUGUAUUGCAUCAGCUUAGUCACCUGAUAAAAACACGUAAAGAUCGAAACUUGCCACUCGAAAACCUCUUGGCUCUUCUAGUCCAUGUGUACUCACUAACUGGUACCGAAGUGAUGUUCAACAAACAGCACGAAGAUCAUCUACAGGAGACCCUCAGUGUUGCCAUAUUCGAAGACCAUAAAACACUGUUUGCUAAUACAGAUAUUGGACAUAUUGUAACACCGGAGAACUGUGAGCAAGUAUCGAAAAACAUCAUGCACUCUUUGAAAGAUAUUUCAUUGAUGAGGAAGAAUUUGCAAAGGUACAACUCUGUAUUAAAGCCAUGCGAGAGCGGCAUUGGUCAUGAAUACCGCGGGGUUCUGCAGCAACUGGUCGACGAUCUGGUGAAUACUGAACGACCAGACAUGCCUGACCUGCGGCAUAGGAAUGAGGGGAUUAAGGAUCUGCUGCGAAGUGGCCUGAACAUAUUAACAAGCAAGAAACCGAAAGCAGCAAAACAUCCGAUGGACAAUCAAACAGUCAUCAUCUUCAUCAUCGGUGGUGUAACAGCUGAUGAAUGCAAGCAGCUCCACCGCAGCAUCAUCACCAGCGGGAUAGACAACAAUGUGAUCAUCGGCUCCACCAAGUUCGUGACUCCAGUGGAAGCCAUGAAGGAUGUGUUGUUAUAGCAGUGUCGGUUCAAGUGAAACUCGAGGAAGGCCUGGCGCUUUAAGAAACAGAAGUGGUAGCGCUGGGUCUUGGAAUAAAUGGAUUUUAUAGUGAAGUUUAAUGGAUUUGAAAGUGAUAGUUAUUAGUGUAGAAAAAGGAUAGUAAUGUAUGGGUUUAUAUUUAAGGAUAAUAAUGGACUUUCUUGUGUGGUUAAUAAGAUAUUUUGGAUGGAUAUUUCUAAUAAGUUGGAUAUACAUACUAAUGUGGUAAUUGAAGAUAUUGAAAUCGAUGUUUUUAGAAAGUACAUAAAUAAACUUAAUGUGUUGGAGUUAAAGUUUGAAGCUUAACGUUUUGACUCUUUGCUUAACCUAGGUAUGAUUAUGUAUGUAAUCUGUAUGUUCUUAUUCUUAACAGGACAGUGCAACUCUUUGUGAACACAUUGCACUAAAUAUUACUGAAUAUUUACUGUAUUACGUAUAUUAUGGUAUAUAUAAUAUUGACUAGUCUCUAUGAAGGUCAGAGAGAAGGAUGUACAUAAUAGUUAUUCUAAGUAAAUAUGAGAAAAAUAGAAUCAUUUAUCAAUAAAAAAAAUGUUUAAUUAUGCAAAGUUUUAUUAAUCUUAUUGUUAUAAUAUUGCUAUUAUGUAUGGCCUAUGGUAUGUAAUCUAAGAUUUUAACCCCUUGUAUUUAAGAAAAAUGUCGUAGUCUAAUAUAUUCUGAUUUGGUUUAAAAAUGUGAUCAGUUCUUUGUUGGAAAAUGUUAAGAUUCCAUCCUGCGUUGCGUCUGAAUUUAUUAUUUGGCGAAAAAUAUGGAAUUUCUUGUAUAAAAAUUAUUAGCAAAUUGGUGUUGAUACACGUGUAUCUUUAGGUAUUCCUGUCGUAUUUUUAUAAUUGAAGAAAAUGAAAGAAGUUUUAUAAGAUUUUUGCUGUAUAAAUGCCUUUUUAUUAGACAUAGACUGUUGUUAAUGAGUAUUUAGUAUUUGUUCGUGGCGGAUAUUUAUGAUUAUUAUAUUAUUAAUUAAUAGUCGGAUCACUUAAAUAUAUCUGCAUGAAAUUUUGAAAUGAAACAACUUGGCUUAUGUGUAACUUUGUUAAAAUUUUAUUCCACCAAUUUCAUUUGAUUGCUUAUUAAUGAUACUAAGCUAGGAGUAAAUUUAUGUUAAUAAAUGUAUUUAAAAGGUAAAGAAUUGAAACCGUACUUUGUAUAAUUUUCCCUUUUAUCGUGCAGAGAGACAGACACGUUACACUUCGCAGACAAAAUGUAAAAUUUUAUUUACGCACUAUUAUUAGUGUACUUUUUCCUUGUUGUAAAUUAUAGGUGUAAUCAUAUUAUUAUAUAAUUAUUACAUAGUCAUAAUUGUGCAAUGCAAUUACAAUGCAAAAAGUAAAUAAAUUAUUAAUUCGUGUG